GUGUUGAUUGAGUUGUGAGUCAGUUGUGUUGUUUGAAGUGUGAGUCAGUUGUGUUGUUUGAAUUGUGAGUCAGUUAUGUUUGAAGUAUGAGUCAGUUAUGUUGCCUGAAGUGUGAGUCAGUUAUGUUUGAAGUGUGAGUCAGUUGUGUUGCUUGAAUUGGGAGUCAGUUAUGUUUGAAAAGUGAGUCAGUUAUGUUGUUUGAAGUGUGAGUCAGUUAUGUUGUUUGAAGUGUGAGUCAGUUGUGUUGCUUGAAUUGUGAGUCAGUUAUGUUUGAAGUGUGAGUCAGUUAUGUUGUUUGAAGUGUGAGUCAGUUAUGUUGUUUGAAGUGUGAGUCAGUUGUGUUGCUUGAAUUGUGAGUCAGUUAUGUUGUUUGAAGUGUGAGUCAGUUAUGUUGUUUGAAGUGUGAGUCAGUUGUUUUGUUUGAAUUGUGAGUCAGUUAUGUUUGAAGUGUGAGUCAGUUAUGUUGUUUGAAGUGUGAGUCAGUUGUGUUGCUUGAAUUGUGAGUCAGUUAUGUUUGACGUGUGAGUCAGUUAUGUUUGAAGUGUGAGUCAGUUAUGUUGUUUGAAGUGUGAGUCAGUUAUGUUGUUUGAAGUGUGAGUCAGUUGUGUUGUUUGAAUUGUGAGUCAGUUAUGUUUGAAGUAUGAGUCAGUUAUGUUGCCUGAAGUGUGAGUCAGUUAUGUUUGAAGUGUGAGUCAGUUGUGUUGCUUGAAUUGUGAGUCAGUUAUGUUUGAAAUGUGAGUCAGUUAUGUUGUUUGAAGUGUGAGUCAGUUAUGUUGUUUGAAGUGUGAGUAAGUUAUGUUGUUUGAAGUGUGAGUCAGUUAUGUUGUUUGAAGUGUGAGUCAGUUGUGUUGCUUGAAUUGUGAGUCAGUUAUGUUUGAAGUGUGAGUCAGUUAUGUUGUUUGAAGUGUGAGUCAGUUUUGUUGUUUGAAGUGUGAGUCAGUUGUGUUGCUUGAAUUGUGAGUCAGUUAUGUUGUUUGAAGUGUGAGUCAGUUAUGUUGUUUGAAGUGUGAGUCAGUUGUGUUGUUUGAAUUGUGAGUCAGUUAUGUUUGAAGUGUGAGUCAGUUAUGUUGCUUGAAGUGUGAGUCAGUUGUGUUUGAAGUGUGAGUCAGUUGUGUUGCUUGAAUUGUGAGUCAGUUAUGUUUGACGUGUGAGUCAGUUAUGUUUGAAGUGUGAGUCAGUUAUGUUGUUUGAAGUGUGAGUCAGUUAUGUUGUUUGAAGUGUGAGUCAGUUGUGUUGUUUGAAGUGUGAGUCAGUUGUGUUGUUUGAAUUGUGAGUCAGUUAUGUUUGAAGUAUGAGUCAGUUAUGUUGCCUGAAGUGUGAGUCAGUUAUGUUUGAAGUGUGAGUCAGUUGUGUUGCUUGAAUUGUGAGUCAGUUAUGUUUGAAAUGUGAGUCAGUUAUGUUGUUUGAAGUGUGAGUCAGUUAUGUUGUUUGAAGUGUGAGUCAGUUGUGUUGCUUGAAUUGUGAGUCAGUUAUGUUUGAAGUGUGAGUCAGUUAUGUUGUUUGAAGUGUGAGUCAGUUUUGUUGUUUGAAGUGUGAGUCAGUUGUGUUGCUUGAAUUGUGAGUCAGUUAUGUUGCUUGAAUUGUGAGUCAGUUAUGUUGUUUGAAGUGUGAGUCAGUUAUGUUGUUUGAAGUGUGAGUAAGUUAUGUUGUUUGAAGUGUGAGUCAGUUAUGUUGUUUGAAGUGUGAGUCAGUUGUGUUGCUUGAAUUGUGAGUCAGUUAUGUUUGAAGUGUGAGUCAGUUAUGUUGUUUGAAGUGUGAGUCAGUUAUGUUGUUUGAAGUGUGAGUCAGUUGUGUUGUUUGAAUUGUGAGUCAGUUAUGUUUGAAGUAUGAGUCAGUUAUGUUGCCUGAAGUGUGAGUCAGUUAUGUUUGAAGUGUGAGUCAGUUGUGUUGCUUGAAUUGUGAGUCAGUUAUGUUUGAAAUGUGAGUCAGUUAUGUUGUUUGAAGUGUGAGUCAGUUAUGUUGUUUGAAGUGUGAGUAAGUUAUGUUGUUUGAAGUGUGAGUCAGUUAUGUUGUUUGAAGUGUGAGUCAGUUGUGUUGCUUGAAUUGUGAGUCAGUUAUGUUUGAAGUGUGAGUCAGUUAUGUUGUUUGAAGUGUGAGUCAGUUUUGUUGUUUGAAGUGUGAGUCAGUUGUGUUGCUUGAAUUGUGAGUCAGUUAUGUUGUUUGAAGUGUGAGUCAGUUAUGUUGUUUGAAGUGUGAGUCAGUUGUGUUGUUUGAAUUGUGAGUCAGUUAUGUUUGAAGUGUGAGUCAGUUAUGUUGCUUGAAGUGUGAGUCAGUUAUGUUUGAAGUGUGAGUCAGUUGUGUUGCUUGAAGUGUGAGUCAGUUAUGUUUGAAGUGUGAGUCAGUUGUGUUGCUUGAAUUGUGAGUCAGUUAUGUUUGAAAUGUGAGUCAGUUAUGUUGUUUGAAGUGUGAGUCAGUUAUGUUGUUUGAAGUAUGAGUCAGUUAUGUUUGAAGUGUGAGUCAGUUAUGUUGUUUGAAGUAUAAGUCAGUUAUGUUUGAAGUGUGAGUCAGUUAUGUUGCUUGAAUUGUGAGUCAGUUAUGUUUGAAGUGUGAGUCAGUUAUGUUGUUUGAAGUGUGAGUCAGUUAUGUUUGAAGUGUGAGUCAGUUAUGUUGUUUGAAGUGUGAGUCAGUUAUGUUGUUUGAAGUGUGAGUCAGUUGUGUUGCUUGAAUUGUGAGUCAGUUAUGUUUGAAAUUUGAGUCAGUUAUGUUCUUUGAAGUGUGAGUCAGUUAUGUUCUUUGAAGUGUGAGUGUGUUGUUUGAGGUGUGAGUGUGUUGUUUGAGGUGUGAGUGUGUUGUUUGAAGUGUGAGUGUGUUGUUUGAGGUGUGAGUGUGUUGUUUGAAGUGUGAGUCAGUUAUGUUGUUUGAAGUGUGAGUCAGUUAUGUUUGAAGUGUGAGUCAGUUGUGUUGCUUGAAUUGUGAGUCAGUUAUGUUUGAAAUUUGAGUCAGUUAUGUUGUUUGAAGUGUGAGUCAGUUAUGUUGUUUGAAGUGUGAGUCAGUUAUGUUGUUUGAAGUGUGAGUCAGUUGUGUUGUUUGAAGUGUGAGUCAGUUAUGUUUGAAGUGUGAGUCAGUUAUGUUGUUUGAGGUGUGAGUCAGUUAUGUUUGAGGUGUGAGUCAGUUAUGUUGUUUGAGGUGUGAGUGUGUUGUUUGAGGUGUGAGUGUGUUGUUUGAGGUGUGAGUGUGUCAGGCAGGGAGGUUGAAGGAGAGCCACCAUGUAUUCAUGAUCUAAAAGUUGUAUUUGGAAUCAUCAUCAUCAUCAUCAUCAUCAUCAUCAUGUGUGUGUUGAACAGGAAGUAAAAACAUCAAAGUGGGGAAAAAAGCAAAUUAUGCAAUUUCUAUAGACUUGGAUGUGUGUACAUAUGUACAGUGGAUGUCUUUCACCCUCACUUAGGAUUUAAAUGCCUCUUUAAAACUAUUAAAUUGUGGACUGUA